AUGGUGUUACAAACCUUAAGAGAGCAUCAGUUGUUUGCCAAAUUUAGCAAGUGCGACUUCUGCCAAGAGAAAGUAUCAUUUUUAGGCCAUAUAAUCUCAAAGGAUGGACUCACUGUGGAUCUGGUUAAAGUAGAAGCUAUUGCCAAGUGGAAACAACCCGAGAAUCCUACUGAGAUUCGUAGUUUCUUGGGUCUAGCAGGGUACUACCGUCGAUUUAUAAAGGAUUUCUCAAGAAUUGCAGAACCUCUAAUGAAUUUGACAAAGAAGCAAGAAAAAUAUAUUUGGGACGCUAAAUAUGAAACUAGUUUUCAAGAGUUUAAGAAGCGAUUGACUAUGGCACCAGUAUUAGCUUUGCCAAAUGAGAACAAUAGUUUUACGGUAUAUACAGAUGUUUUGAGAGAAGGAUUGGAGUGUGUCUUAAUGCAAAAUAGGAAUGUAAUUCUCUAUGCUUUUCGGAAGUUAAAAUCUCACGAGUAG